AUGGAGUUCAACAUCCCACCAACUCACGACACGGCUCUUUGCCUCAUCCCGCCCAAGGAUCAGUGGCUGCCAAUCGACCGUUUUCGUUUCCGCAACGACAAGGCCUAUGCCAAAUGGCCACCUCAUGUCAACCUCGUUUAUCCAUUCACCAGGUCUGCGGAUUCAGCGACUCUCUAUCAGGCCUGUGAUGCCAUUGUCAACUGCCUCAAAGCUCGCCAGGAGACGGCCGACCUCACAAGUCUUCCCAUCCUCCUCGACUCACCAGACUUUUUCGAGAAUAAGCACGGCAGCACGCUGUUUCUGUAUGACAAGGAUGAGGAGAGGAAUCUUCGCCUUGCCUCUCUUCGCGCCAUGAUCCAUACAUCUACCGGCCAGACGCGCCCUGCACCAUACCGCAUGCACAUGACGGUUGCCCAGUGCGAGGAUACAGCAGCAGGUUCAUCUAAACUUAAGUUUCUCCUCGAGAAGCUACGACGCCUGCCGCCGGUCCGUUGGGAAGCUACCCAGCUAGCCGUCCUGGUUCGCCGUGCUUCCGGCCAAAUGAAGCUCUGGGCCCUCAUCGACCUUGCUUCGCCUUCGCUGUGUCAAAACGAAGAUUCAUUUGACCUAUUCCCGGGCAUGGCCUCAGCCAUUCUUCCACAGCGGUCAUGGCGCUUCUGUAGCCGGGACUUGUGUUGGCAGCCCGUUGUCCCAGAUUCAGCCUCACCUUGUCCAGAGAUCAAUCCGAUAGAGAAUCUCAUUCUCGCCAGCUGGAAUGUUUUGGCAGAGUUCCACUCGCCCCCGUCUCGUAGGAGAUAUCCAAUCAUCGUUGACAACCUACUCGCACGAAAUGCUGUUGCAGAUAUCUUAGUCCUCCAGGAAGUAACAGAUGACUUCUUGCCUUUCCUGCUCAAAGACAACCGGAUUCGCAAACUCUACCCAAAUGCCUCUCAUGGGUCUCCCGACGACCUCGCUGCCGGUCCAUUACCCAACCUCCUGAACCACGUGAUCCUCAGCAAGUUUGCAUUUUCAUGGGAGUAUCUUCCCUCCGUACGCCCGCACAAGGGAUCAUGCAUACUCAGCUUUCAAAAUCUGGCCUAUGGCGAGGAAGAGGCAGCCGCUUCUCCUUUGGUACUGGCAACAUGUCACCUAAGCCACGGUCUGACAGACGGUGCCGUGGUUGCCAAGGAAAGAGAACUGCAGGUGGUUCUAAGUCACCUCAGGACUAACUACGCUGCACAUCAAUGGAUCAUUGCUGGUGAUUUCAACAUUGUAACGUCUUCCUACACUAUCGACGCCGCUGUCAAAAAGGGGGCCAUCACCCUUCAGACAAAAAAUGUUCUCCGAGGCAUUGAAAGAACUCUGGCAAAGGCCGAUCUUCUAGACGUGUGGAUGGUCUCGCGCAUCGAGGCCGGUGUGAGUGACAACUUCAAAGGGGAUCCCAAUCAAAUGUUCGAGGGUGAGCAAGGAGCAACCUUUGACCCUAUUGGGAACCCCAACGCUGGCAAGAUGGUCGGAGCUGGCUUGAACAAUCGUCCGCAACGAUACGACCGUAUCUUGGUUAAGGGCGCUGGCCCUUUCCAGAUAUCCCGCUUCAACAUGUUCGGCUUCAUCGCUGGCGACAGCGAGACUGGAGAAGCACCCCUGUACGCGAGCGACCACUGGGGUGUCCGAUGUCUCUUGCAGCGCUCUCACGCGAAAGACGUUGCCAAUGACGCACGCAUUAUCCCUGUCAAUAUCAAGAGAGCUCCUGAUACUUUGUCAGAUGCUACAAGAUUGUGGAAGUGCCUGGAGAAUCUCGAGGUCUUUCCCUCAGCGCAAGACGAGGCAGGUCGGCAUGAGGUGACCCACUUACUCCGGCAAAUCCUAACAGAGUCCGAUCAAACAUUCGUGGACAAUAAACGAGGUCGUCCGGCGAUUGCGCUCAUCCCUGUGGGAUCCUAUGGUCUCGGUACCUGGUCUAGGAACUCCGAUAUCGACUGCCUCUGCAUCGGGUCUAUCAGUCCCCGCGUUUUCUUCACUCUGGCGAGAAAAAGACUGAGAAAUUCAGGCAGUCCUGGUAUUCGGCUUCUGAGGAAAGUCAAAGCUAAAACCGGUACGAUGCUUGAGGUGGAGGUUCUCGGCGUGAGAUGCGAUCUCCAGUAUUGCCAGGCACCCAAUAUUGUGGACCAGUGGCCUGACGUUCUCAAGCGCCCUGCGUCAGACCCGGUGUUCAGCUUGUCUGCCCAGACACUGCUUAAAUUGAAGCCAGCAAGAGACCUAUUCUAUCUCCAGCGAUCCAUCCCGGACUUGGCCCAGUUCCGAUUGAGCUACCAGGCCAUCAAGACUUGGGCCAAGGCGCGCGGGAUAUACGCCGCCAAGUUCGGGUACCUCGGAGGCAUCCAUUUGACCGUUAUGCUGGUCAAUGUCUGCAAGGUGCUUAUACACGACGGCGGCGCCAUUUCUACCGCUGAUAUAAUUACAACCUUCUUUGACCACUACGCGCGGUUCGACUGGGAAAAGGACAUGGUAUACGACCCCUUUUUCCAUAAAAACCUCAGAUACCACCGAAUAGGUAGAGAGGCUCUGAUUUUGCUCGGAUGGCACUCGCCGACACUUAAUACCGCACUCAAUACCUCCGUCCCGACUGUUAAAAUCAUCUCGGCAGAACUCCGCCGAGCCAACAAACUGCUAUCAGGCAUCGGAGCAAGCUGGGAAUCGUUACUACCGGUGCCGGAGUCCGGCCGAGGCAGCAUCAUGACACCGAGCGCCACAAACUUCCUCACGUCGUUCCGGUCAUUUGUAGACUUGCGUGUACACUAUUGGGGAGCGUCCCUCGAGCGUGAAAGUAGGCUCAUCGGCUGGCUAGAAUCCCGAUGUGCCUCGCUCCUCGUUGACAUCAACAAAAGAGUACCGCAGCUUUCGGCAAGGAUUUGGCCUGCGAGAUUUGUCGACGCAUCUACGUGUGACCCCCAAAACGCCCAGGGCGAUUAUCAGGGCUCUUACCUCGUCGGGUUGGAAUGGAUGGAACCGGACGAGAAGCCAGUCCGGGGCGACUUGGAAGCGGCACAGAGCAACCUGAGGGCUGUUUUGCAGCAGUUUGAAAAGCUGAUAUUGAGUGACGAGAAGUACUUCAAUCCCAACACAUCAUGGUUCAGCGCGAGCAUUGUCAGGGCAAAUGAGCUAGGAGAUCUGCGGUUAGAUGAUCGUGAAUGGGGUGUGUACGUCGAGAGCGACGAAGAUGACUCGGAUACAGAAGACGAAGAUGAUACCGAGGAUGAGGACGGGGAAGAAGGACUGGCCCGGGAGAGGCUCCCCGAAAAGUCGGAUAAGAGGGCCAAAUCAGCAAAACAACGCUCGGGAACAACCUUUCCGAAAACCGAAGGGAUGGGCAAGUUCCGCACAGCGCUCGAUGUGCUUAAUCGAUUGCGAUGGGAUCCUGACAUUGACGGCAACGACUUCAUCAUUGGAUACGAGGACAGGUUCCUGGGACCACAAGAGAAAGCCCUGGCGGCCUGGAAGAGCGAGCAGACACACGAGGAGUUCAUUCCUCAACAUCGAAUCUUGUGGUUCAAGCGCGGUAGUGACGGUAUGAUUGUUUGGCACCGGUCGGAGCGCAUCGACUUGCUCUUCAAAAAGACUUGA